AUGCCGUCUCCAACCAAAGAGGAGAUACUGCACCAAUGGCCUUGCAUCGGCAUUGUUGGUGCUGGUAGCAUGGGUUCCCAAAUGGCGGUCGCUUUUGCUGAAAUAGGCCUUCAUGUAUCUAUCUGGGAUGUCAAUGAACAGAAUGUCGACAGUGUCGCAGAAUUGGUCCGCACGAACAGCGUCAAAGGCCAAAUUAGCACCUUCCAUGAAAUUGACCCAUUCGUGGAAAGUGUCCAGAAGGAAAACAGCGGCAAAUUAUUCCUGUUCUCCAUUUCUCACGGUGACCCAGCAGAUUCUGUCCUGGGUAUGAUAAAGGAGAAACUCGGCAAGGGAGAUAUCAUUCUGGACGGAGGUAACGAGCACUACCGUCGCACACAGCGAAGGCAAAAGGAAUGCGCAAAGCUCGGUGUUCAUUGGAUAGGCAUGGGCGUGUCGGGAGGUUAUCAAGCUGCUCGCCGGGGCCCGAGUCUUUCCCCCGGCGGAGAUGCAGGCGCAUUGGAGAAAGUAAUGCCUCUGCUGAGGCUCUAUGCAGCGAAGGACCUCCAUGGAAAGCCGUGCGUAACUCGCAUUGGGCCUGAUGGCGCCGGACAUUAUGUGAAGAUGGUGCACAAUUCAAUCGAAGGAGGGAUGCUCUCAGCGCUCGCAGAAGCCUGGUCUUUUCUGACCCAGGGUCUGGGGCUGAACUACGAAGAUAUUGCAAAUAUUUUCGAGCGAUGGAAUACCUCCGGAGAGCUGCAUGGUAAUUAUCUUCUAGAGAUAGCCGUCGACAUGCUCCGCACCAAAAAGUCAGUCAACGGCAAACCUCAUUAUAUCCUUGAUGAAGUCCUCGACAAAGUUGUCCAAGAUGAUGAUGAUACCGAAGGAACUCCUCACUGGGCAAUCGAAGAAUCCGCAGCUCGUCAUGUCUCGAGCCCCACGCUAGCUGCCGCCCAUUACUUGCGUGUCGCCAGUGGUAACCGCGCGGAGAGGCUCGAGGGCUUGGAACUGAUCCAGCGAGCGUCAGAUGACGAAAAUUGGGACAUUGAUCUAACCGAAUGUCUCCGCAUUUGGCGUGGCGGGUGCAUCAUUCGAUCUGACGGCAUAGCAGAUCUUAUCGAACCGAUUGUCUCGAGCAAAAAGGGCUGGAGUAACCUGAAACAUGCCCCUCAGAUUGCUCGGGAGUUAUCUCGAACGUAUAAUCCGCUGAAGACCAUCGUUCUCAAGGGAGUCCUGCACGAUCAAUACUUGCCUGCAAUUUCGGCAACCUUGGAAUAUCUGAAGUAUGUGCAUGGCACGAGAUUACCCACACAGUUUAUGGAGGGCCAGAUGGACUUCUUCGGAUCUCACGGGUACAACAAGCCUGGUGUGCCGGGUGAGGAUCCGGGGCCUGUUGCCAAAGGCCCUCAUCACUACGAGUGGCGGCCAGCGGACGCAUAA